AUGGAGGUUGAUGACAGUCCUCCACAAUUUACUCAAUCUCAACAACAACAACAAAAUUUAUUAAACACUUCACAACAACAAGAAAGACCUCAAUUCUUCAUUGACCCUUCAAUAAACCAACAACAACAACAACAACAAUUUCAGCAAUAUCAACAACAACAACUACAACAAGUAACUACUGUUGCAUCUACAAAACACAUCUUUACAAUAGAAAAAUCUUCCCCAACAACAGCACUUCUACAACAACCAUUACAAUGUUCUCGUGAACGUUGUGCUGCAAUGAUGGGUAAUAGAUGCUCAAAUGAUGAAUGCCCAGCGGCUUUAGCUGCUAUAUUUCAACAACAACAACAACAAAUGCAACAAACAAUUAACAACCAAGAGAAUAAUUACAAUAAUAAUACUCAAAUAUUUUCACAAUCACCCCAAUCAACAAUAAAUCGUUCACAAUCAUUUUCUUAUUUUGAUGUUUAUGAUGCCAACCAACAACAACCUUUUGAUGAUUUAAUAACCCCAACAGCAAAUACAUUUAUAGGGAAUUAUCCUCCUUUACCUAAUACAAAUUCUUAUAAUUUCUUUCAAAAUGAACAAUAA